UCAAUCUUAUGCGAUUGGUUCACUCCACGGUUUCCAAAACCGAACCUAACCGGUUCCGAUCGGUUUAAUAUGGCCAGAUGUGAGAUGCUGAGCAUUGGAGAAGAAAGCGAGGGAAGGAGAUGAGCUCUUCGCCGGAGACUCAGGCAGAGGCGCCGGACCUCGUCUGCCAGCUCGACAACGUCCAGGGCAUGGUCGACGCCCUCUCCUGCGUUCGCUGGAAACGCCACCAGGACGCUUUAGUCGAGUUGUCGGAGCACGGUAUUGUCCUUAUCGUGGAGGAAUCAGGCUGUCUUCAGGCCAAGGUUUAUCUUCAGCGCGAGCUCUUUGUGAAAUACGAGUACGGAGCUCAAGGGAGGCCGAGGUUUGGAAUCAGUUUAGGGCUUCUCGUGGAUUGCUUGAACACAUUCUCAAUUCCUGGACUUUCGAGUACCAUUGAAAUCCAGUAUCCAGGCCCUGACAUGGAGCUUCUUAUCAAGUCCGUUGAUACGCUGAACUCCUGCUUUUAUGCUGAGAUGAGAACAAGAAUCCCGGAGACCAAUUCAUGGGACUAUAACUUUGAGCAGGCAGGAACCGCACCUCUCACUUUUACUGUAAAGUCCUCAGCACUGAAGGAAGCCAUAGAUGAUCUUGAAUGGCCGGGAUCAAGCAUUCAGCUCACCCUUCAACAGUCUCCCCCCUGUGUCACAUUCAGAGGGGAAGGCCAUGGAGAUUUACAGAUAGACUUCAUGUAUUAUGCCAACACGGAUCUACUCCUUGCCUUCCAUUGUGAUUGCGAUGUCUCUCACAGGUACAAAUACAAGUUCCUCAAGGCAGUAACAUCGAGUAUUCCGGGGAGUGUCAUCAAAGACAACAGAGGAAGCAAAGUAACAAUAGGGAGAGGGGGAAUGCUGAAAGUUCAGCACUUGGUUUCGGUUGCUAGACCGAACGUAGAGUCCACCAGAUAUCAGCCGCCGAGUCGGAUUGCUUAUAUAGAGUUCUUCGUCAAACCUGAACAAGUUGGGGAUGAUGAUUGAUCGAUCGAUCACACACUCUCUCUCUCUGGGGUUCGGAUGCAUGUCGUUUUACUGUAUUUAGCUUGGAAAAAUCGUUUGCAAAGAUGACGUCGGAUUGCUUGUCGUU